CUCUACAAUUCACACCAGUCCUUGGCCACAGGUCAGUUCAACCCUGUCAUCCCUAAUAUUCACUUGUUUUCAGCUGUAAAAGUCACUGCAGGGUUAUAGCAGGAUACAUACAUGUCACAUCAAUCAUAGCCAAGUUGUACCUAUGAGAAAAAUAAGAUUUGGAGCCAGAUGCAUAGAAAUAUUGAAAUUUACACAAGUUUCUUCAUUUCUCCUUUGACUUUUUCUUAUGGUUUAGUUUAAAAAAAUGUGUUGUUGUUGAUGAGCUUCACAUUAAUUUUUAUUUAUUAUUUCAGUCAUGUCCUGAGAUGACCUCUGACACCGAUGUCUCCAGAACAGCAGAGAAGACUGCAGAGAGGCAUCCAUCCACCACCAUGCAGGACUUGGAUGAAUCAGACUCUGAUCAUUCAGCAAACAGAACUGGAAUCAUUCCUUGCCUUGUUGGCUACACAGAUUCUGAAGAAUCUCCCGGUCCACACACCAGCUCUUUACAGCUAAAUGAAAGCUGCGAGACAUGGAGUCUGUCUUCUGAAUCUGAACUUACCCUCACUGACCAAGACAAACAGUCUAUUCCAAGAUUGAGGAGGACCAAGAGCAUACAGAUGAAAGGUCGAGUUGACUUUGAUUCAGAUGAGCUUUAUGAUCACACCUCAGAUGACAGUGGAGAAGAGUAUAUUCCUAAGAGUGUUGAAGAUUCUUCUGAAGAUUCAGACCCUUGCGACAUUAAGACUGACCAGAAAAUAACAAAGCUCAGAUUUCCAAACUUGGGGAAGACAGUAGAUGUCAGAGAUGGAUGUCUCCCAGUGACAGAACUUGUCCAUGCCACUUUGAAUCCGAAGAGAGGGCGCUCAUCUUCAAGAAAAGAAGGCACCUCUGGUACAAGGCGAAGAAGAAGAUGUUCAAGCAGUGUGCCUUGCCCAGCAACACAAACAAGUACUGGUAACUUAUCAGAACAGAGUGGAGGGGGCGACUCUAGACAUAGAGUCCUGUUGGAUAAUUCGGCACAUGAUCUAGAGCAAAAUCUACCUGACAGCACCUCUUCCCUGGGUGGAGUGAUUGAUGAUUUACUUUCCAUACCUGCUGUUUGUAAGAAAGAGGAUGGAUCAAGAAUGUAUAACAAAAAGCAAUACUGUCUGUACUGUAAAUUGGGGGUUAUAAAAAUGGCAAGGCAUUUGGAGCGCGCUCAUCAAGACAAGUCCGAGGUUGCAAGGGCUGUGUCCUUCCCAAAAGGCUCAAAAGAAAGACGGAUGCAUAUGGAACACUUGAGAAACAAGGGCAACUUUGCACAUAAUGUUGAAGUAUUGAAUUCUGGUGUUGGAAUUCCUGUUCCUCGCAAGCAACCAAAGGAUGAAUCUCAAGUGCAGAAUUUUCUGCAUUGUGCAUAUUGUCAGGGCUUCUUUACAAAGAAAGUCCUUUGGAGGCACAUGAAGAUCUGCAAAUUCAAACCUAGUAUUCCACCUAAACCUGGCAAAACACGUGUCCAGGCGCUUUGUGGAUUUGCUGCGCCUCCACCACCUGGAGUGAAGGAACAACUUUGGAAGCUCCUGAACAAAAUGGUUCGGGACGACGUGUAUUUUGCUGUCAAAUCUGAUCCAUGUAUCAUGGAGUAUGGUGAACAUUUAUACAACAGGCUUGGGUAUGAUCCUGGCAAACAUGAAUACAUUCGCCAGAAAUUGAGAGAGUUGGGACGGCUUCUGAUAUGCUCAAGAAAAAACACUCCCUUGAAGAUGAUUCAAGAUCACAUCAAGCCUGCAAAUUUCAUGUACGUUAUUGAGGCAGUUAAAGACGUUGCAGGCUACAAUAGUGAAACAGAUGCAUACAGGUGCCCCAGUCUGGCUCUCAAAAUUGGAUACAGCCUGAAAAAGAUUUCAAUGCUUGUUGAAAGCCGUGCAAAUGUACAAAGUGACUACAGUGCAGCAAAGGAUGCUCGUACAUUCCGCAGCGUGUAUGAAGCCAGGUGGAAUGAGCUGAUAUCAGCUGCAUCACUGAGAACACUUCAGGAGUCCAAGUGGAAUACUCCUCAGUUGCUUCCAUUCACAAAAGAUGUUCAGACACUCCAUUCCUUUUUAGAUGCGCAGCAAGAAGAACUUUUCAGCCAACUAUCCUCAGAGACGUCCCCCCAGACCUGGGCACAGCUGACGAAAGUCAUUUUGACUAAAGUCAUUUUGUUUAACCGUCGAAGAUCUGGGGAAGUGUCAAAAAUUCCGGUUUCGGCUUAUUUGUCUCACAAUCCAUCAGACCCACAGGAGGAAGUGAAUUUAGCACUCUCAGACCUAGAGAAGAAGCUCUGUCAGCAUUUCCGAAGAAUUGAAAUAAGAGGUAAAAGAGGACGAAAAGUUCCUGUACUUUUGACCCCACCAGUGCAAGCAGCAUUGGAUCUGCUCAUCAGAAAAAGACAGGAAUGUGGGGUUCUCCCAGAGAACACAUACCUGUUUGCACGACCAUCAACUCUCAUCUGCUUUCGUGGAUCUGACUGUUUGCGACACUUUGCCAAGGUCUGCGGUGCAAAAAACCCUGAAAGUCUGACUUCAACAAAAUUACGCAAACAAACUGGGACCCUGUCACAAGUCCUUAACCUCACUAACACAGAGCUCGAUCAACUAGCAGAUUUUCUUGGACAUGACAUUAGAGUGCACAGACAGUUUUACAGACUUCCAGAGGGCACUCUCCAACUGGCUAAAAUAAGCAAGGUUCUCAUGGCUCUGGAGCAGGGGUGUCUGGCAGAGUUCAAGGGGAAGUCCCUGGAUGACAUUUGUAUUGAUCCUGAAGAGAAUGUACACCUAGACAGCGACCAGGAAAGAGACCCUGAGGCACCAUGUGAAGCAGACGAUGAGUCAGACUCACCAGAGAAUGCAACCACAACAGAGUACAGUGAGACAAUAGGGCCAGAUGUGAGACAUACAGUCAACAAUGCAGCACCACAGCAAGAUACUGUGACGACUCCACAGGCCAGAGAUCAUCAGAAACCUCUGAAAGGGUUAAAAGGACGACAACCUAGCAAGAGAAAGAUGUGGGAGAAAGAGGAGAUUGCUGCUGUCGAAAGGCACAUGAUGUCCUUCAUCACAACAUGCCGUGUUCCAGGAAAAAGUGACUGUGAUAAGUGCCUUAGCGCAGAGAAGACUGCUCUUAGGAACAGAAAUUGGCUAGCCAUUAAAUUUUACAUCAAGAAUCGCAUCACAGCUCUGAAGAAGACAAUGUAAAGUUCAAAACUAGUAGACAAAUGUUAAUUGUCAAUUUGUUGUUUUGGUUCAUUUAGAAUCAAGCUCACAAAAAGUUGGCUGUUCAGUUAUUUGACAGGUUCAAAUAUCUGACUUGAGUUUGUAUCAGUCAGUAAAAUUGUGACAUUGGUUUACCAACAUAACUGUUAUGUUGUUACAUUUACUAACAUGUUGAUUAGUAAUCAGCAAUCUCUAUGAGAGGUUGAAGAAUCUGACCAGGUUUUUCUGUUUGUUUUGGGGAUUUUUUUGCAAUAAAACCUCUCAGUGAUGUGACCUAUAUCUUGUGGUAAUGCAGACCUUAUUUGUGAUCCAGUUAACACUAGGUUUAUAUGAUAAUGGGGCUGUCAAGCAGUUAAAUACAUUAGUCUGUGAUGGCAGACUCUACAAAGUAAGUUAAACCUGAGGGUGUGUUAAGUGGUCCUAACAAAGACAGAAAAACCAGAAGUGUGUAUAUUGGGACCCCAUUAAUUACUAUAAACCUGACAAGUCCCCAUUAGGCUGUCCCUGGUCAGGUGAAGGACUCUACUUUGUCUGAUUGACAAUUUGAAGUGACAUAUGUUUUUCUGGCUGCUCCAGUAAACUGCCUGAUUUUAUUCAGUGCUGUAGCACCUUCAGAAAGGGUGGUUCCCACAUUGCAUGUCCUCGUCUUGUGUCCCUACAAUGUAGUAAAGACAAGUAUGUGUGUG